AUGGAGGCAAGGAGAUCUGCAAACUAUGAACCAAGUGUUUGGAAUGACGAUUAUGUGCAGUCAAUAUUUUCUCCAUAUUUGGGAAAAGAAUACUUGGAACUCGCUGAGAAUUUGAAAGAAAAAAUAAGAAUUAUCAUCAACAAAACGGAAGAUGUGCUUCAUCAACUUGAGCUUAUUGAUAAUUUGCAAAGGCUUGAUGUUUGUUACCACUUUAAGGAUGAAGUAAAGAAAAUAUUGGAGCAUAUAUAUCUUACUAAUAAAGAUUCAGAUAAUCAGAACGAAAAGGAUUUGUAUUCAACAGCUCUAAAAUUUAGACUCCUUCGACAACAUGGAUACAAUGUCCCUCAAGAAGUUUUCUCCAGUUUCAUGGAAGAGGGAGAAAAUUUCAAUGCAGAACUCUCUGGGGAUAUUGUAGGAAUUUUAUCUCUCUACGAAGCUUCAUUUCUAUCGAUGGAAAAUGAAGGCAUCCUGGAUGAGGCUAGAAAUUUCGCGACUCAUCAUCUCAAGGAAAGACUCCAGCAUAUUACAGACCAAGGUCUUGCUAUGCAAGUCAGCCAUGCAUUAGAGCUUCCGCUGCACUGGAGAGUGCAGAAACUUGAAGCAAAGUGGUUCAUAUAUGUGUACGAGAAUAGACACGAUGCAGACUAUACCAUACUCGAAUUUGCUAAGUUGGAUUUCAACAUCGUACAGGCUAUGUAUCAAGAUGAAAUAAAACAAAUGUCAAGGUGGUAUAAAGAAAGCUCUCUUACAGAGAAGUUGAGCUUUGCUCGGCACAGAUUGGUGGAGUCCUUCCUGUGGGCAUUGGGAUUCACUCCAGAACCACAAUUUCGAUACAGUAGAAGGAUUUCAACGAUUAUUGCUGUACUAGUAACAAUUAUUGAUGACUUCUAUGACGUAUAUGGGAGCUUAGAUGAACUUGAGCUUUUUACUGAUAUAGUGGAGAGGUGGGACAUCAAUGCAUUAGACCAGCUUCCAGAAUACUUGAGGAUUUGUUUCCUUUUUCUCUUCAACUCCAUUAAUGAAAUGGCUUACGAUAUUCUUAAAGACCAUAAUUUCAACAUAAUCCCAAACGCCAAGAAAUUGUGGGCGGAGCUUUGUAGACUCUAUUUGAUAGAAGCUAGAUGGUAUAACAGUGGGUAUUUUCCCAGCCUGAGUGAGUACCUCAACAUAGCCGUUACAUCCUCAACAGGACCUUUGGUUCUUUUUCAUGGUUAUGUUACCACAAUAAACCCAUUAACAAAGAAGGAUCUGGGACGUCUGGAGCAAAACCCCGGUAUCAUUCACUGGCCAUCACUGAUUCUUCGUCUAACAGAUGACUUGGGAACUUCAUCUGAUGAACUCAAGAGAGGUGAUGUUCCAAAAUCAAUCCAGUGUUACAUGAAUGACACAGGCUGUUCCGAAGGGGAUGCUAGAGACCACAUUGAGAAUCUACUAGAUGUGACAUUGAAGAAAUUGAAUAAAGAUAUACUAAUGGACUGCUCCUUCAAGGAUUUCGUUGGUCCGGCACUUAAUAUGGCAAAGAUUUCUCGAUGCUUUUACCUGUAUGGAGAUGGAUUUGGAGUUCCUCAUCUCCAGACUAAAAAGGACUUAACUUCACUAAUUGUUGAACCAAUUCCACUGCAACAAUUCCGUGGGGAUGUGUAA